UUUCUGGUAUCAAACUUAGAAAUGGUGGUGAUUUGAUAGCUGCCGUUGUCGACACUGUGAGGAGUUAUCCCGCAAAUCAAGUUGCCAUUGGAUACGAUACAGUUUUAGGCCUUGACUUUCACUUUCAUCUGAUCCAAACAUUCAUGAGCAAAGAUGUGAGCGUGAUAUCAUUCAAUUUAACCAUUGUAGAAGAACAAGAGAAGUAUUUUCAGUUCCUUUCUAACCAAGUCAAAAAUUAUCUAGAAACAUUCAGCCUCUUCUUCUGUAAUUUCAAUAUGUAUGAACAUAUUCUUCUCGAGAUUUAUGAUAGAAAUACGAUGAGGAGAAACAUGAUAUAUUUUUUUUAUUGGGGAACUCAGUACCCUAAGAAAUUUUUUCUUCGAAAUCUUCAUGAAUCCAUGAAAGCUAUUGUUAUAUGGAACUCGAAGAAUGGCACUUACAGAAUACUUUCUAAUAAAGCCACUGCCUAUAAAAAGCAUCAUUUGGAUAUGGUCAAUUGGUGGAAGGACGGUUUUGGAUUAUUUCAUCAUCCGACAUUUCCUCUCACUACUGGAAAAAUAUAUACGGAUUUCAAAAAAAAGAUUUUCAAAGUCCCAGUUAUCCACAAACCCCCUUGGUUUUUCGUGAGAUACACUAAUACCACACUGAAGGUUGUAGGAGGAAGGGAUGAUCGCAUUCUUUCUCUGCUGGCAAGCAAAUUGAAUUUUUGGUAUCGUUAUAUCGACCCACCAGAGCGAACACAGGGCAAUGCUAUUGCGAAAAAUGGAAGCUUCCAAGGAGUUCUUGGAAUGAUUUGGAGAAGGGAGGCAGAUCUGUUUAUAGGAGACGUAGCAUUAACGGAAGAAAGGUCCAAUUUUGUUGAAUUCUCCUUUAUAACUCAGGCUGACAGUGGUGCUUUUGUUACACAUGCACCUAGGAGACUCAAUGAAGCUGUAGCAUUGCUCAGACCUUUUCAGUGGGAGGUGUGGCCAGCUAUAAUAAUAACUUUCAUCGUAGUUGGACCUGUGUUAUACGCAAUCAUAGCCCUCCCCAACAUAUGGCAACCAAGAUUCAAAGUGAGAUCGCAAGUACGACUUUUCUUCGAUGCAACUUGGUUUACAAUAACAAUAUUGAUGAAGCAAAGUAAAUUUUUAACUAAUGACAAGAUAGGUAUAUGGAACGUUAAUCUUUAUAUGUAUGUUUCAGCUGGAAAAGAGCCUAGUUCAUCUCAAAAGGCGAGGUUUUUCAUUAUACUAUUGUCAAUUUCUGCUACGUACAUCAUAAACGACAUGUAUUCUGCUAAUUUAACUUCACUACUUGCAAGACCUGGAAAAGAAAAAACUAUCAAUGAUCUCCAUCAACUAGUAGAUGCAAUGGAGAAUAGGAACUACAAAUUGUACGUUGAAAGGUCUUCGUGUGGACUUUUGGAGAACGGAACAGGAAUUUAUGGUAAAAUAUGGCGACUGAUGAAAUCGCGUCAACCUAAAAAUUUUUUGGUCGAAACAGUUGAAGAUGGUGUUAAAUUAGUGAGGGAUACAAGAAACGUAGCACUCAUAGCUGGCCGAGAAACUUUGAUUUUCGAUAUUCAGAGAUUCGAUAGUAGCAAUUUUCAUUUGAGUGAAAAACUCAACACAGCCUAUUCUGCAAUUGCCUUUCAACUUGGAUGUCCUUAUAUUGAGGAAAUCAACAAAAUACUCAUGGCGAUAUUCGAAGCUGGAAUAAUUACCAAGAUGACCCAGAAUGAAUAUGAAAAGUUGAGGAAACAGAAACAACUACUGUCGUCAGAACCAGAAAAGCUAACAAUUCAACGAAAUCAGAAAGAAAUCAAAAGUCCAUUGAAAGGGAACAAAACCAAUAAUAAACUACAGCCUGUCACUUUGAAAAUGGUACAAGGAGCAUUUUAUAUUUUGGCCAUAGGGUAUAUAAUUUCUGGUUUCAUUUUACUCGGAGAGAGAAUAUUCUACAACAAUCAGCAUAAAAAAUUAUUGGGGCCUAGUUCUAGAUCUUCGAAUAAACUGGGAUCAUCCAUCAUGUCAAAACUAAGCAUUAUUAUAGAUUGUGUUAAGAAAUGCUAUAGAAGGAUUAUGCACGAAGCUUUUGUUGCUACUCUGGAAUAUUUAGAAUAAAUCAUAAUAC